AUGACUAACAUAGAAGAUCCCGUUAAAUCCAUUGAAGGAUGGGUUUUAUUAGUUACUGGAAUACACGAAGAAGCUCAGGAAGAAGACGUGAGGGACUUAUUUGAAAACUACGGGACUGUAACUAGUGUACAUUUAAACCUAGAUAGAAGAACUGGAUACGUUAAAGGAUAUGCACUUCUGGAAUUUAAAGAAAGAAAUGAGGCUGAAAAUGCUAUUAACAAUUAUCAUGUCCAUUCUAAACUAGAAAAUGAAAGUCUAUCUCACAGUUCUGUUUCUUAUGAUACACCUGAUCCCGAAACUGAAGUUUACAAUCAAAUGAAUGAACUUAAUCAAUCGUCAACAAAAUUUGAUUCUAAGAAAAACGAUUUUGAUACGUUAUCUCAUCCCACUGAUCAUCAACCUCAACAAAUAUUAGAUAAUUCGAAAGAAUCUGAAGCUUCAUCAGUUGAAGAUGAUGAGGAAGAUGAAGAGGACGAGUAUGACGACAUAUUAGGAACUGAAAUCCCAGACGAACUAAAAGAUUUUAUAACAGACGAAGUGGUUGAGGAUUUUGUAGAAGAGGCAACAGAUGUAGAAUAUGAACCAGAUAAGCUUGACGAUGAGGAUUUGGCACUCAUUGAAGAAAACAUAGGAACUAGAUUGGACGACGAUGAGGAAGAUGAAGCAUCAUUUAAGAGACUGAGAAGACUUAAAAAGGGAACGAAGAAGGUUAAGGAGCCAGAGCCGGAAAUAGACCAUGAGGAUUCAUGGGAUGAAGACGAUCAAAUGACAAGAGCGGCGGAACUGAGCGAUGCUUGGGGUCUGGUAGCAGAGUGUUUCGGAAGAGUGGACAUUGUGAUACAAAUAUUAAAGAAUGAAAGAAUGCCACUACAGAACUUGUUACCUAAUCAACCGGAGCUCGAUUCAGAUUACGACCCCAAGGAAGACCCAGACUAUGACAACGAUGUAGGAUUGAUAGAACACCUAGAAAAAACUAAUUUGAGUAGAAGAGAAUCAGUGGAGCAAGAUAGUAACGUGGAAGUAACACUUGAACAGUAUGUCGAUCCCGACGAGUUGGCAAAGGAGUAUUUGACGAAGGAGGACGAGGAGAUAAGAAACGUGGAUGAGCCUGAGAGGUUGUACAUCAGAUAUAAAAAUAGAAAUAGAAAGUUGGAUGAGAGAGAGAUACAAAAUGAAGCACAGUGGAUGGCACGGAGAUUGCUAAAUGAGUUUAACAUAGAUUUAUCAAAGGAAAACGUAAAGAAAUCAUACGAACAGACGUUUGAAGGAACUUACACGAAUAAGCACACGUCAGUGUCAAGUGAUGUGGCAGAAAAGUGUGAAAUGCUUAUAACAUGGUUCCUUAAUGAGCACUGGGAAGUGCCCUUCAUACUGUACCACAAGAGGCACCUGGUAUGUCCGCCACUGACAGACACGAUAGUGUGGAGAGUGUUUCAGCUGGACCUGGAGUGGUCGAGACUUAACACACUGUCAAAGCAGGUUCAAAAGACAAUAGAGAAGAUCGGACACGAGUUUCUGCCGACAGAUAUACUGUACUUCUCAACCAACUUUGACUACAUUGAGCACCUGAACGACGUAAACAUACACCUGACGUAUCACUACACAUCGCUACACGUGGAGCAGACCGAACCAGUAAAAGUAAAGCCAUUAGAAGAUUUUGAAGGAAUAUUGAAAGUAAACGAAGAAGAACUGGAACAUGACCCAGAUGAUCCAUUCGCAGACUUUGAGAUAAUGGACAACCCAGUUCACGCAGCAACAAGACCAUCAUCGCCAGAACAACUUGAAAAUGUAUUGGAAGACGAAGUUGAAAAUGAAAUACAAUUGAUUGAUGAAGAUAACGAUGAGAAUACAAGAACUGAAAGGAGUAAAAUUGAAACGGACACGCUAUUUGAAUAUGAAGACGCUGAUGAAUCAGGGAGAGUGAAGGAGGACGAUGAUAGAGACGUUGACAUGGGUAGCGAUGAGGACGGGGAUGAUGAAGAAGAAGAAGAGGGAGACGAAGGUGAACAAGAAGAACAGGAAGAGGAUGAAUUGACUUAUCACGAUGAGGGAAAGGAGUUAUUAGAAGGAAUGGAUAGCGAGUACUUAUUGGACUCGACACCAAAGGUCAUAGAAAAGCCAGUAACUCAGACUUCACCUCACGCAAGAUUGGUAUCGAAAAAGAACCCAGCUCUGUACCUGAUAGAAAAGUUUGAAAGAAUAGGAAUGAGUAGAAUAUGCUCUAACUACGUGCCGAGCGCAAACGAGUUCGCAAAACUACUGGAAAAAACAAUAGUCUCAACGGGUAACAGUGAGUUGAAAGUGGACGUGUCAGGGCACCUGAACACGAGGGACCUUGACCUGAUUCAGGGCAACGAGGAGUAUCAAAUAGACGAGUUCUUCGGGCCGUACGCGUCAGGAGCAUAUUCCUCGGGAAAGACAGUGUUCAACGCACUGGUGGACUACUACGCGAAAAAGUACAGCUCGCACAUAUCAGUGAGAAGAAUACUGAGAGAAUACUACAGGAACUACUGCACACUGACGUGCGUGACGACGCCAAAGGGAGAGGAGAGAGUGGAGGUGUCAGACAGCAGCUGGAUCGUUAAGAGGAUGUGCGGAAUGCCGCUUAACAGGUUCCUGAGAAACUCGCAGCUCUACUACGAGUACCCGCACAACUUCAGCGACAGAAGAGACAGGUUCAUAUACCUAAACGACAGGCUUAGGGAGUUGAAGAUGGUGGAGCUGUACCUGCUGAUCCUGAAGAUGGAGAAGGAGGGGCAGGUAGUCCUGACGGUGCACCCGCUGACGAAGGCGGACGAGCCCUACUGGAAGAGCGACCACUACAGCAGGAGGUUCCAGCAGUUCUACACAGUCUACAAGGACCUGAGCAACUUCCUGAGGCAGAUGGAGGCGGAGAAAAACCUGAUCGAGAAGGAGACGCUGAUACUGAAUGACCUCUACAGCAGAGACCUGACGUACCUGAGUAACAUGCAGGCUGAGCUGAUAAAGCUUUUUCCGAAGAGGAAGGUCUCGAAGAACAGCAUCUGGAAGUACUUCUGCACAAUUCUGCUCGAGAGGAUGCUGAACAGGGAGCUGAUACCGCUCUUCAGAAAGGAGGUGCGAGAGAUGCUCUACAAGCUCGCGACGAACAGCGUGCUCUACAACUGCCAGCAGUACCUGCGCCACAAGCUGGAAGUCGCACCCGUGAGAGAGACGGUGAUGUGCGUGCUGAACGACAACGACGCGCUGAACGUGUACGUGGCGGUGGUGGACGACAGGUCGAACGCGCUUUACAUGAACGUACACAAGAACCCGCCAAACGGGGCGGCGCAGUCGGGGUUCAUAAACAAUUUGAUCAGCGGUGGGCAGACGGGAAGCAGCGGAUGGGACGCCUGGUCGCAGCAGCUGUAUGGUCUGCUUUCAAAGUUCCAAGUGAGGACGAUCCUGAUAGGACUGGUGGACAUGAGCUCGCUGACGCUCUACUACAAUAUCGAGGAGGUCCUGAACAAGAUGAACUCGAGAGUGAAGCUGCGCAAGGUGGACACGCAGCUGCCGCGCCUAGUGGCCUCUAAGUACCUGAGAGCAAAGUCGAAGGAGAGUGGCACGGCAGCGAACGCACCAGGCUCUGAGGAACACAACUAUCACCUGAUCAUGGCAGUGGCAGUGUGCAGGUUCUACCUGAACACGCUGCUGGAGAUGACGAACCUGUGGGCGGACUCAGGCGAGAACUACCUGCUGAUGGCAAGGCUGCACGCGUUGCAGGACAUGGUGCCGAGAGACAGGCUGGAGCAUGCGCUGAUGCAAGUGAUGGUGACGCACGUUAACGCAGCGGGAGUGGACCUGGAGAUGCUGCUCAACGCGAAUCAGAAUAAGAGGAACACUUCGCAGGUGCUUAACGGGUUGAAGGCGGCACUGGGAUCGACGAAGGAGAGCACGGAGCCACUGGAGCAUUACCUGAGCAUGAAGAGCAACGUGCUCAACUACGUCGCAUUCAUCUGCGGACUGGGAAUAAGGAAGGCGCAGCUAUUCCUGGACAAGCUGCGCACGUUCACCCCGAGCAGCAGAAGCAGCCUGACGCAGAUAUUCGGGCCCUUGGUCUUCAUGAACAUGGCAUCCUUCGUAAAGUUCGGCAAAAACGCGUCGACAGACUCGCUGGACGCGACGAGAAUACACCCAACGGAGAGCGGAUUCAUAGCGGAGAAGCUCUGCAACGGCUCGCUCGACGAAAAGCUGAGUGGAGAGGAGGCGGUACAUGAAAUCAUGUCAAACCCGGCGAAGCUCGACGACCUGGACCUGGAGGCGUACUCAGUGCUGCUGAACGAGAAGCAGGACAUGCCGCGAAUGUACCCGUACCUCACCUUCAUUAAGCAGGAGCUGCAGUACCCGUACCACGGCAACUGCACGUCGCAGAAGCUGCUGAGUAAGCCGGAUAGAAGAGACAGAGCGCAGAAGAAGUCGGACGGGGAGCUGACGAACGUAGAGGUCUUCUACAGCGUGCUGAACCUGGACAAGAACACGUUCAAGGUGGGCUCAAACGUGAUGUGCAAGUUCGAGGCGCUGCACUCGCGCAUGGCGAAGGUGGUGCUGCUACCGCUCUCACUCAGAGGCUACGUCACGGACUUCCAGCAGUUCAGGUCGGAGGUGCAGAAGCUGGCGAAGGAUAACCCGAAGUACAACAACCUGGCGGGCGAGAUCUUCGAGGGAAGAGUGACGAGAAUCGACUACGAGCCGAUCGUCGACGGCUCGAGCUACAACUACAAGGUCGAGGUGAGUCUGACGAACUACCAGAAGAAGCACGUGCUCAACACGUUCCUGAACGAGCUGGUGAACGAGAGGCUCGACGAGUACACGUCGCCGCUGCUCAAGUACGACAUUAACCGCUCGAACCUGCCGGUGACGGCGCAGAAGAAGAAGAUACAGUACCGCAGGAACAUACGCCACCCGGCGUACAAGAUGUGGCCGCUCCAGAAGGUGAUCACGUACCUGAGGCAGCCGGAAGUCCCGGUCGGCGAGUGCUGCAUAUGCCCGAUGAGCGAGUGGGACCGGCUCAACUUGGUGAUCAAGACGUGCAGCUACCCCUUCAACUUCGCCUCCUUCGUGAUCUACGAGCGGAACCAGAGGGUCCCGGGCGAGCUCGGCAAGGAGCUGCUGCUGCAGAACGAGAAGUACAGCAACCUCGACCAGAUCAUCGCGCAGUUCUGCGAGACGCUGAAGCUGAACCUGGAGGAGUUCUACACGCACCCCAAGUUCCGCCACAACUGCGAGCUCGCGAAGGUGGAGCGCGACCUCAUCCAGGAGAGCGCGCUGAAGCCCGACAACAUCAACUGGGCGAUCAUUCCGCCGAACCCGAAGCGCACGCAGGGCGUGAACCACCCGCUCCGCUUCAUCCUCGUCGUGAUCCCGCCCGGCUUCUCGGUGAUAUCGCAGGAGGCGAAGAGUCUGCAGGACCCGAUCUACGUGACGCACAAGAGCUUCAAGCUCUGGACGCACGAGGAGAAGUCGCUGCGCGACCUGAUCUCGUGGUGGAAGGAGUACGGCUACUGGCACCGGAACAUGGAGCGCACGAAGUAUAUGCAGCAGAAGCAGAGCCAGAGUCAUCCGCAGCCUCACGGGCAGUUCGGCCAGUUCUAA